CGGUGACCGUAGCGCGCCGCCUCGUGAAGGAGAGAAAAAAAGGGAGAGAGAGGGGGGAGGAGAGACGAAGACGACGAAGACGACUCAACCAUUUUCUCCUCGUCUCCUCCUUCUCCUCCUCUCUCUAUCGCUUUAGUCGAGCUCCUCUCUUCCUCCUCUGUGCCCUUGAUCGAGCUUUGAGUGCUUUGAUCGCUAGAUCGGGCUAGUUUGCGGCGGAUCUGUUUAGAUCGAUCUCCAGAUCUCGAGGUCUCGUAAGAGAUCCCGCAAACUAGGGCUCUUCGCUGGCGAUUCCUUGGUAAGAGGAUGAGAUCCAUGGUGAAUAGUGUGUUGUUUGAUUGUGUUUGCAUCGGAUCGGGGUUUCGUAUGCUAGAUCUGUAGUAUAUCACAUUUGUAUUCCAUUUCGAUCGGAUAUCUCGAACGAUCCGAUGAGUACUUUGUGUCUUUCUUCGCUGACUGCUGGGAUCUCGUGUUCUCGUGCGAGAUCGUGCGUACUAGUGUUCGUAGGGGGCUAUUUCUUUGUAAUAAGAAGAGAUUUCUAGUCGAUCGUUCUAUUUUUUUUGUGAUCACCUUGGAUCUGUGGUUCCUUAUCCUAGAUUUACUGCUAUACCCGAUCUCUUCUGGAACAGAAGCUAUUCUGAGGUUCUCCUUUGUGGAUGGUGUCUACUGCCCUCAUUUCCCUAUUCAAAUUGAUAGCGCGGAUGUGGAAUAGUCGUGUUGUUUCAGCUCCAUGUUAUGGAAGAUGUCGUUGAUGAAUUGCUUCAUAGAAUCAUUUGAAGGCCUUUGUGGUGACAUAUCCGACUUGCGUUUGAUCUCUGCGUUUGAGCGUGUUCAUAUUUCCGAUCUCCCUGUCUCCUUUUUUCAACGUAUAUGGCCUUUUCAUUUCCUACAAGGUAAACAAAUUAGAAAGGAUGGAGAGCUGCCGUCUUAGGUCCAGUGGCAUUGGGCAAUUAUUCACGGAGUGCGCAACCGACACGAGAUGUUGGCAGAACGGUAGCCACUCGGUUCCAAGGGCUGAUAUUCUAUGUCCUGAACCUCGCUGGGCCACAAGGGCUCCUGUGGCUGUAGAUAAUCUCAGCAGAUUCAGUUCCAAGUCGAGAUGCUUAGAGCCUUUGCAGAAAGCGGAAUUGGGUCUUGGGAUACUGGAUAUUAUUCUCAGCAAGAAUGAACCUGAGGAUGCUUUUGACAUUGAUGAUGAAUCUCCUUUCUUCUCCGGCUCACCGCCAGAACGAACGACUAACCCGAUAAUCCGCGACCCUAAUUUCGUUAACCAGAGUUCAUCGACGGCGUCUCCUAUCAAACCUUCAUCUAGAGUACACAGAGGCUCCCCAUCCUGCGCUCCCGCCUUCAGCACAAACCCGAUACGGAGAAUUGAAGGCUUUUCCUGCAACGAAUCGGACAACCACCGCAUAGUCUCUGCCCAUGCUUAACCGACAACAGCCGCUGACCAUCAAAAUCCCUGUUUCUACUGUAAAUUUUGAUGUUAAUAGUUCUCCUCUUACAAUUUCUGUUCAUAGAGAAUAGUGUGUCUUUGCUUGUACAUAGGCCUGAGUCCGAGUUACAUAUAUGCACAUAGAAUUUACCCGUGUGUUUUCGUGUGAGAGAGAGGGAGUUCCAGUGCGAAGAGUUUUUUUUUUUUAACCCCUGCAUAAUACCGUGUAAAAAGGAGAUUUUGUGUAUACUUUUCUUUUUGUUUUUUCAUUUUCUUAAAGUUGUACAUACCUAAGAUCAGCUCUAUGUGAAUAUGGGAAUGCAGUAUUAUUACUUUUUAUAUGCGAUA